AUGGUUUUGCUAGAAUUCUUCACAGUGUCUUGUGAAACUGAUGUCACAUUGAUAUGCUGUAUUUUAUUGCGCGAGGGUUUUCAGACUCCUGAGUGAUCUCUGGCGUUUCGUUCCAAUCGCAGUUGUAACCCCUAAUUUUUAACGAGCUGUUAAUUGCUCCUAAUGUGACGCUUUUAAUGUCAGGACGGAUUAUUUUACCCCAUUAAGACACUCUAUGUCAGAAAUGGAUCCGAUGAAAACUCCAGUUCCCUUAUUUGCAUCUGGAGUCUUUUGAUCCAGAGAGAGCAUCCCCCAGUCCAGCGGGAGGGCGUGGCCUCUGCGCGGGGCCCGGGCAGAUCGAGCACCAUUGCGUCCCACGAGUGGAGCGCGGACAGCAGUCCGGAGCCGGCGCUGGACGACGACGGCGGCGGCGGCGGCAGCGAUGAGCUGGACAAGGCCAUGGACGGCGACGCCGAGGGCGUCUGGAGCCCCGACAUCGAGCAGAGCUUCCAGGAAGCCCUCGCCAUCUACCCGCCCUGCGGCCGCCGCAAGAUCAUCCUGUCCGACGAGGGCAAGAUGUACGGUCGCAAUGAACUGAUAGCCAGAUACAUCAAGCUCCGGACAGGGAAAACCCGCACGAGAAAACAGGUGUCUAGUCACAUACAGGUGUUAGCCAGGAAGAAGGUUCGAGAGUACCAUACGGGCAUAAAGGUUUCUAGCCACUUGCAGGUUCUUGCACGGAGAAAGACUCGCGAGAUGCAGUCAAAGCUGAAGGCCAUGAAUUUGGAUCAGGCCUCCAAAGACAAGGCUCUGCAGAACAUGGCGGCGCUGUCUUCAGCUCAGAUCGUGUCUCCCAGCCUAAUGAAGAGCCCCCCGCCCUCGCUGCCCCAGCCAACCUACCCCGCCUCUGCCAGGUUUUGGCCGACCCACAUCCCAGGACAGCCUGGACCCUCUCAGGAAAAGCUUGAGGCCACACCUGAAAGCUUCUCACCCAAAACCUUCUUUUCUAGCAUCAAACCGUUUGCACAAACCCACUACCCUAAUCUGCAAGGCCCAGUGCCCUCCUCUAUGUCAUCAUACGAGCACCUGGCGCCCCCUCUCGCCCCGUCCGCCAUGGCGGUGCCCAUGUGGCAGGACCGGGCCAUCGCCUCGUCCAAACUCAGGAUGCUGGAGUAUAGCGCCUUCCUGGAGGUCCCCAAGGACGCGGACACGUACAGCAAGCACCUUUUUGUGCACAUCGGGCCGUCGAGCCCGUCCUACAGCGAGGCUCUCCUGGAGGCCGUGGAAAUCCGGCAGAUCUACGACAAGUUCCCCGACAAGAAGGGCGGGCUGAGGGACCUGUACGAGAAGGGCCCCAAGAACGCCUUCUUCCUGGUCAAGUUCUGGGCUGACCUGAACAGCAGUGGUCUGCAGGACGGUCCUGGCUCCUUCUAUGGAGUGAACAGCCUCUACAGCAGCAACGAGAACAUGACCAUCACCGUCUCCACCAAGGUCUGCUCCUUUGGCAAGCAGGUGGUGGAGAAAGUUGAGACGGAGUACGCUCGGUCGGAGGGGGGGCGGUACGUUUACCGAAUCCAGCGCUCUCCCAUGUGCGAGUACAUGAUCAACUUCAUCCACAAGCUGAAGCACCUCCCGGAGAAGUACAUGAUGAACAGCGUGCUGGAGAACUUCACCAUCCUGCAGGUUGUGACCAAUAAGGAGACUCAGGAGACUCUGAUGUGCAUUGCAUUUGUCUUUGAAGUGUCGACAAGCGACCACGGGACACAAUAUCACGUCUAUCGGCUGGUCAAUGACUGAGGGUCCUACUGGGAAGGCGGACUGGAGCACAAGCUGUCCUCGGACUGCCUGACUACAAAUGAAAAAACACACACACGCGCACACACACACGAUCCCAAAAUGUUGAACAAAGCAAAAAUAGCAAAUAUCUAUGAUAUGAAGGUGGAGUGUCUCUACUUUCAUGUUUGUAAAAUGGGAAAUAUAUGAAGUUUUAAAAAGAUUGAAACAAUGGUGCACUUCUUUGUUUAACGAUAGUUUUUCCACAUAUGUAUAUGUGUAAAACAAAGCAGGUUGCAUUCAUUGCAUUUGGAGAUAUAUAUUAUUUUUUAUAUAUUAGGGGCAUUAUGGUUCAUGGCUUAUUCACUGUUUGGUACGUGUCAGUACACUGUAUAAAAAUUGCAGUUAAAAACUGAAAACAUGUCGAAAUUUGAACUUUAUGAAGUGCGGUUCAUUUAGAUCACAGUGCUAUUGAAACAUAUGAAUGUAAAUAGCUUGAGAAACGGAAAUAAAUUUUCCUUAAAUAGUUUUACAGAAUUUAGCUUUUAGAAAUCUUUGGAUCAUGACAAUGGGAGGUACGGUAGUCUUCAUUUCUGUCAGCGUUACUGUUGACAGGUUAGCUGGAGUUCUAGCAUGUUCCCAAUCAUGUAGUUUUGACUGUGGCGUACAGACAUUGGCUUUCAGCAUCUAUGGACAGUCAUGCAGUAAAACAGAAUCUGUGUGUUUUGCGUGGGUGCGCCACCUACUGUUCACUGGGUAGUACAGCAGUCCCACACGCACGUUGAUUAAUGGAAAAAAAUGCUGUCUAUGCAUUCGUAUGGAUGAAAACCAAAUGGAGGAUGUGACUGUUAAUCUGCGGUUCCUUAUUGUGGAUAGGUGUGUCGCGUUCUUUUCGCCAAAAAUGUUGCUCAGAAUAUCUGCGUGUCCCUGAAGGAGAGCUAGCCAUGGGUGUGUAGCACUGCUAGCCGUCACCUCAGUGUCCCCUCCCAAAACCCCUUUACCUUCUCCAUUUACAUCCGCCAACUCAGCAUAAAUAAUGUUCGUCUAUGACACCAAUGUAUUCCAUUACAGCCCAAAUAUAUUUAUAUAUAUAUAUACAUACAUACAAAUGUACAUACAUUAUAUUUUGAAUAUGUUUUUUCAGGGAUAAUGUGGUUUUCUGUUUUUUAGGGGAUAGCAAUUUUUUAAAGUAAUAUUUUAACUUUAUCGUUCUGGUGGUAAAGCGAGAGGAGUGGAGAGAGAGAAUGUUCAAUAUCCCUGCCCCAGCCAAUGGGAAAGAGUAGCCUGGUCAUGUGCUCCUGACAUGUGACUUACUGUAUGGCUUUAGGCAUCUGACAGGUCCGAGGCUGGGAUUCAAUCAACGUUCCUAAAAUCGGUUAAUUCUUGCUAACAGCCAAAAGCAAUAAUUCUGUUUUCCUACACAAACACAGUUUGCUGAGUUCAGCAAUCACUAAAAUGUCAAACUGAGUUUGGGAAGGAAGUACGAGUACAUGGCAUUCAUUUUUAGUCAAAGUUAAGGGCGAAUGUUGAUUGAAUCCAGGCCUAUGGUUAUUGUGUAGCUACAAGCCACUGGGUUUGUCUCUGUGCUGUGCCUUAUUGCUGAUGACUACCUCCGGUCUUGCGUGAGCACAAUUAAAACAGGGAGCAGUAGUACAACUGUGGACUGAAGCUACAAUUGGUAUUUUUCUACGGUAUGAGUCCUCGAAGCGCCGUUUUUAGGCAGGGAGAAACGUUUAGAGGGAGAAAGGUUUCUCUCUUCUUUACAUGGUGAUGCUGUGCGUUUGAAUCCGUGUGCUCGUCGGUUUGAUUUAUUAUCCUUGGCCAGGUGAUUUCUUUGAAGUGGAGGGGGAAUACCUCUAACUCGCGGGGAUUCGCGAUUUUAAUGUUUGUCGUUAGAAAGCCGUGAACAAGCUGUUCGCCAGAGACAGCCUGCACUCACAGCACGUCCUGUAUCGGCUGCGGUUGCAAAUCUGCAUAGCAUAAACCUUUCUGCACCUGCAUGGGAGAAUGGGGGGGGGGGGGGGGUUGCAGUUGAAGACAGGAUGAAAUAAAUCUUUUUUUUUUUUGUUUGUUUGUUUUUUGUUUUUAUUAAUGGAAAUGUGAGUUCUGGAAACCGAGGGAUAAAAUGUUUCAGACUGAGAACUGGAGGGAAACUGUUACUGUGUGUCUUCAUUACGAUCAAACCCUCGGAGACAAGCAGUAACAUACAUAACACACUCAUCCCUUGGGUUUGAUGUGGGAAGAAUCCAGCUGGGUUUGAGGGUUUGAAGUUGGAAUGAUGGGUAGAAGAACGCCGGUAGUCACAUGACCCUUGGAAUGCACUGCAUCCAAUGUACUUCCGGUCUUGUAACAGCAGUGGCCUUUACUGACUUUGUUAUUUGUCUAUUUAAAAAAAAAAAAAAAAAACACUUUUUAUAUUUUUUCCUUUCUUGGAAUCUCAACUGGAGGUACGUAUCUCGGUUGAAAAUCAUGUUUGUUAACGUUGACAAUCGUGAGAUGUGUUUCAUGUGUGUUACUCUGAUCAAAUGGAGUGGGGGUUGGGGGGGGGAGGGGGUGUUGAGUCCUUGUUUUCCUGUGGGGUUUUGCACUCUUGUAAAGUCUGUUGUCCGAAAAUCCGAUUGGCUGCAUCAUAUGACCUGUGUACUGUGUGUAAUCUUUCCAUUAAAAAACUGUGGGUCCCUAAAACCCAUUUUACUUUUCAGAAAACACA